AUGGAGUCGCCGCUGAAAAGAAAGCGGCUUUCCCUGUCGCCAGCUGAGGAGGAUGAGCCCAGCGACGUCGACUUACACGAAGCACGUGCUCGAAACGACAUGCGCUUAAAGUCCAUUUUCGAAGGUAUCUUUGAAAAGUACGGUCGGGACUUCACAGAUGUUGGUGAUGAAAUUGAUCUACAGACAGGAGAUAUCAUGGUCAAUAAUGGGCACAUUCAUACCCUAGAUGGGGAGGACAAUGCAGGGGCAAUCGGGGACUGGCUAUCGGAUCCGGAUUCACAGGCUCCGAUGAAUGAACCAUUGGAUGGGGCAGAAGAGGAGGGCGCGCGAGCUCGUCUUAACACGCAUGAGGGUGAGGGGAGUGGUCCUGAAAGGGACGCGGACCACUCCGGUCGCAGAGUGGUAUCCAUCCUAUCACAUAUGCGGCCAGAUCCCGGGAGAUCGCGGGAAGUUAUAGACGGGGAUGGGGGUAGGAAUGGAGAUGGUACGCCGUCGGAGGCUGAAGACGACAGAUCGAGUGUGGAUUCCCUGUUGGACACUGCGUUAUCCGUCCAGGGGCCUCACAUCCGGGAAGUUGGUAACGGAGGUACUGUCAAGGAAAAAGCAAAUCUCCAGCCCGAAGAAUCCGACCAAUCUCAGGUCUCUCGUACUGAGAGACUCGAUGAGACUGUGGACCCGAUUUGGCGUGUUCCUGAGAUCAACGUGAAGUUGACAACCCCAAUGCUGCUAAGUCGAUCGAAACCGAAAUCCUUGGACAAUAAUACAGUACGCUCUCAAUCCCCACCCGGAGCGGGCUCUAUCUGGGCUCUCCCUUGGACGUCCAGGCGAAAUACCGGUGGCGUAAAAAGCAGAAAGCAAAAGGACAGUCCGAAGAAACAGAAAAAGCACCAUUCCAGCCCCAUUGUCUGCGACUGGUCAUUUGCAGACGCUCCGGAUGGAAGUGAAUCCGACGAUCCAUUACAGGAAGACUACGAGCCAUCGCCAACCCCAAAAGGCUCUGUCUAUAUCAGAGAGAAGCGCAAGGGCCCCUUCUCGGCGGCAAGCAGAAGAGAAAAUACGUGCAGUUACUGCAAAAAGUCAUUUUCUGAAGAUGAUUAUAUCUCGCAUUUGAGGGCCGUGCUCUCUGAUCCUGCUGAUAACCAACAUGACAUGCUAGAGCUGAAGCAUCAGCUGGGCGUGGUCACUAAUGACAGCACUACUGGAUCGGCUUCGAACGCCACAACUCUUACUGAGCCUAUUGUUCGUCCUAUAGGCACACCAACAUCGGGACUCGAACCAAAAGGACAAGACGCAAGCAACGAAUCAACCCCCACAGGGAAACGUGCGAGGACAACCCUGGGGCCGGACGAAGCUAAGUCGAUCAUCCGCAUGAGACAAGUUCACGGGAUGAAGUGGAAGGAGAUUCUAAAUCACUUCCCGCAAAAGAAACUCACCAACAUCCAAGCAUGGCACCAUAUUCAUUGGAAUCAGAGGAGGGCAAAUCCCCCUCGACUUUCGGGACCUUGGUCAAAGGCCGAACUUGAGAAAUUGGAGAGACUGAGGGACCAACCAGAUCUUACUUGGCCUGGUAUCCGUGCUGAAAUGCCGGGGCGAUUGCUUGCGGAGGUCGAGUUCAAAUUACUGCAACUUUGGACUGGUGGCAACAUCUCACAGGAUGACGCACAGCCUAGAGGUGAAGAGCGCUGA